AUGGAUAACACUGUAACAUCUAUAUUCUCUGCUCCAGUGGUACAGAGCAGGCUCGAACACCACCACUUACAACAACAAAAACAAUUAUUAAAGUCACAGAAACCGGAAGCAAGGCAUCAAAGAUCAAAAUCAAUAAAUAAAGGGAAACGUGGUUCUCCUCACAAUCAAUCAAAGGAGAGCUCUGUGCCUAUGGUCUCUGUUUCGGCCAGUGAUUGCUCUAAUACUUCUCGUCAUCAUAUUACAAAAUCAUCUAAUUUUAAUCGUGUUGAUAAUUUCGAUUCUUUGCGUGGAGAUUCUAAAUUUCCUGAUUCCUCUUUUACGAAUAAUUUUAUUAAUAAUUAUUCUGGUGCUAUUGAUGAUUCUCAUUUGUCGGCUUUUGGUUCCAAUGAUACCAAUAGGCCUGUUCUACGAAGGUCAAGUGAAAAACGUCCAUCAAGAAAAUAUCAACAUAAUGAUUCAACCGGUGAAGAUAAUAAAUUAAGAAAUGGCCCUCAAGUCACGAUCCUCAAGAGACCUCAAUCUGCUACCGAUUUUGUAAAAUCAUCUAAUAACAAUAAUAAUUCUACUUCUAAUAAAAUGUUCCUUGAUAUCACUCAUGAGGAACAAGAUUAUCAACUUUCUUCUGCGGUUGGUGAUUAUUCUAAAGAACGCAGACGUUCUGAUGCCUCCUCUUCUAAAACUAGAUGUUCUCAAAGGCGUAAAGAUGUAAAAUCUAUGACUGGGAUUUUACAAGUUAUUGAAACUUGCAAUUAUCAACAACAACGGGAUUCCAAUAAAGAAUCUGAUGUAAAUAGUACUUUAUUAAAUCCUCCAUGUUUAAAGACUUCUUUUUCGCCAAAAAUCGACACUGUUUGUUUACCUGUACCUCCUCAGCAAACGAACAACGCCUUUUAUUUUCCACCUCUCAACUAUUCUAACGCGAUUCUUGCUCUUGAAGAAGAAAUGUGUAGUAAACAUGAUGAUAAUGAACCAUCUACUUCUGAUAAUAACGCCCAUACUAAAAGAUCUGCGAACAAAUGCUAUAAAAGACGUUCUGAUAUUUAUCUUUCUACCAAUACUUCAUUUAUUCCGGAAAAUGCUCCUCGUCGUCAAUCCAGUACAGCUAUUGAAUUGCAAAGCCAGGUUGCUCCUUUUGCAAGUCAAGAUGCUGCUAAUUGUUCCAUGUUAUCAACUACUCCUCCGGCCUCUCGUAGGCCGUCUACUUCUCCGGAUAGACUCAUGGCAUCAAAACUUUACGCUGGUCCUACCUUCCAUAAUUCCCCUGCUCCUAGUGAUUUACCUUUACCAUCUUUCCUUAGUAAACCUUCUAGCAAGGAAUCUAGUCCUUUAAUGACUUCCAAUACUAUCGCUCCCGCUUUAACCCCUUCCAGGGUUUCAUCGCCGUCCUUAUCUUCUGGUAAUUCUUCUGACGACGAUAUGUUUAUUAUGGAUGACGUCGAAUCUGAUGCCAUCAAACACUCCGAUCGUUUUUAUAACGUGAGAAAACAAGAGUCUUCCGAACUUCUCCGCAUCUUAUCGGAACGCCAAUAUAAUUCUCCUGCUGCAUACAUGGUCCCUGCACGUAUGGCCACCUCUCAUAAUCCAGCUCAAGUUUAUCCUACCAAAGAUGGAUUGUCGUUGACCGAAAUUUCGGAAAGUUUGAGAACAUUAUUAAAGAUUCAUGGGCAAUAA